AUGUUUCCGCACCCCAGACGUAUCGUCACUGGCCAUAAUUCACAAGGUGCAGCCAUCGUAGUGGACGACGAUGUGAUUCCUUGCCUCCCGACAUCGAUCAAGUGCAACUUUGCAGUGCUCUACGAGACGCAUCAAUUUCCCGUAUCCAACGAUGAAUGGGUUGAUCCGGCUAAAGCCCGAACCACAGAUCUGUCAAACAAGACAGGCACAGUGCUCCGAGUGGUCGAUUUUCCGCCCAACACGGAAACACUGUUCCAUCGGACGGAAUCUCUGGAUUUUGGUAUUCUACAUAGUGGUGAGAUCACGUGUCACCUCGAUGAAGGAGCUCGGGUGGACAUGAAAGCCGGCGAUGUUUGCGUCCAGCGAGGCACGAUUCACGGAUGGACCAACUAUUCCAAUGAGCCUGCAAGAAUGUAUUUUAUACUCUCUGCCGCUCAUCCAGUCACAGUCGGAGGGAAGGUUCUGAAAGCGACAGGGUACUCCAAGGACGAUGUCACCUCUGGUGGAAUAUCUAAGUAG